AUGAGGACGAUGAUAGAGAGACUGAAAAUGGAGGUUUUCAAUCUGUGUGAAAUCGUCUUCAUCAUUAUGUCGCCGACGUUUACUGGAAUUGGUCGGAACGAUCCCUCAUCGGAAUCGGCAAGAGUUGGAAGCUCAAGCAAAAAGAACAACCAAGUCUUCCAAGUAACAAAACACUUCACCACCACCGCUGCCAUCCUCCGUUGCAUACGUUUGUUGUUAUCACCGUCAUCACAUCUGCUGCUUGAACUCAUGUGUGUUAGUCUGUGGUAUAUUAAAAGCACGAAGAACCCGCUUUUAAGAGUUGUAAUUAGCUAUAGGUUUACUUUGGGGAAUCCUUUUCUCAGCCGCCAGCACCACCAAUCCCCGCCUCUCACGAGGCUUUUUUGCUCAUUUGGCUAUGAUAGGGAGGUGGAAUAUGUUUAUGGGGGAUCUAAAGGUUUAGAGGAAGAAUCACUAUCACUCCAAUUCACUUUCAGCGUUACAAAAAAACUGAACUUUUUGGAUUGUAUAGGAAACCCUAGGAGAGGCUUCUUAAUCAAAAAACUACAAUGGAUACUACUAUCAAUUCUUAAUGCAGAGUCCAAAAGAGUAAUUUAUUGGUGGAGAAAGGAGUAUAUGAUGCUUUGUAGAAGAAAUAUCUCACGACACUAA